UUGGUCUGGCAGUUCUGACUAAUAACGACUCUUUGACAGUUGCCGUUGGUUCUUAAGCGCGACCUGGUGUCAACUCUUUCCCCCGUUCAACGUCAACGAUGGCUGCCGGAAAAUUGUAUACGUACCCGGAAAAUUUCCGUGCCUACAAAGGUCUGAUUGCGGCACAGUUCUCUGGAGCCAAGGUUGAGGUGGCAAAAGACUUUAUAUUCGGCGACACAAACAAGAAGAAGCCGUUUCUGAAGAAGUUCCCGACGGGCAAGGUCCCCGCUUUCGAAACAGCAGACGGGAAGUGUUUAGUUGAAGGCAACGCAAUCGCAUACUACCUUGCUAGUGAGGAUUUGCGUGGUGGCAAGGAUAGCUUUAAUCAAGCGGAAGUGCAACAAUGGAUGAGUUUCGCCGACAACGAGAUACUUCCAGCGUCCUGCGCAUGGGUUUUUCCAUUGCUAGGGAUAAUGCCUUAUGAGGCGCAAGCAGUGAACCGCAGUAAGGAAGAUGUAACGGCAGUUCUCAAACUCCUCAACUCCAAACUCCUUCUGGACACCUAUUUGGUUGGGGAGCGUAUAACAUUGGCGGACAUUGUGGUAUUCUGUAAUUUAUUACAUUUAUAUCAAUAUGUGCUAGAACCAUCGCUUCGCACCCAAUAUGCUAGUGUAACCAGGUGGUUUCUCACAAUCCUGAACCAGCCUCAAGUUCAGAAAGUAGUGGAGAACUUUGAAUUGUGUGCCAAGACCCUUAAACAUGACCCAAAACGUUUCGCCGAGUUCCAGAAGAAGUGCAGUGAAUUGUCAGCACCGCCGGCUGAACCGAAGAAGGAGGAAACCAAACAAAAAGAGAAGGAAAAAGAAACGGAAGAUGGUGAAGAACAAAUUCACGAGGAGAAAUCCAAAGAUCCAUUCGAUCUUCUACCAAAAGGAACAUUUAAUAUGGACGCUUUCAAACGGUUCUACUCCAAUGAAGAUGAGGCGAAAUCAAUUCCAUAUUUCUGGGAGAAGUUCGAUCCUGAAAACUACUCUAUUUGGUUCGGCGAAUACAAAUACAAUAACGAACUCACCAAGGUAUUCAUGAGUUGCAAUCUGAUAACGGGCAUGUUCCAAAGGUUGGACAAAAUGCGUAAGCAAGCUUUUGCCUCAGUUUGUCUUUUUGGCGAAGACAACAACAGCACAAUUUCGGGUCUGUGGGUUUGGCGCGGAAAGGACUUGGCCUUCACACUUUCACCAGAUUGGCAGAUUGACUACGAUUGUUAUGAUUGGAAGAAGUUGGAUCCGAGUUCGGAAGAAACAAAGAAACUGGUAGCGAACUACUUUUCUUGGACGGGUACUGAUAAAGAUGGCCGCAAAUUCAAUCAAGGGAAGAUUUUCAAAUAAUCCUAGUGUAAGCACCAUUGAUGUGUCAACAAAGCCUUAUAACUACUAUUGAAAAAAGAAUUGCGACACAUAAACAGUUUUCUAUUUAAA